AUGUCCAGAUUCCAGAAUCUUGGCUAUUGUGGGGAAGGUAAAACAAUCCCAUACUCAGGGCCUGUCAACACUACUGCCAUGCAACAUAACGGCCCCAACCACUGUGCUGCGUCCUUGACGGACUCUAAUCUUAAGAAACAUGUCGAUGUUCUCACUCUAGAGAACUCGUUUAAUCCGGUUAAAGCGGCAUACUGGACGAAUUAUCCUCAUCACCGUCGUACUCCGUUUGCCGUCUCUCCGGAUGGAAAUUCGGCUUAUCUCGCCUAUCUUGAUAGUAGUGAAACCGAUGUUCAUGUGCAGCAGCUGGAUCCUGCCACCUUUGAGGUGACUGGGACGUCUGUUACUGUUAGUGGUGGUAAAGAGGCCGGCGGUCUCAUCGCCCACAAUGACGGUUUCGCGCUGCUAGUCAACGAGGAAAUGCCCACGGGAACAUCCAAUGCACCGGCUAGUGGAACUCCAGUCCCCGUGCUGUACCGCUACACCGACGGCAAGCAGUCCUGGAAGACCUGGCUGGGUGGUCCGGGCGUCCACGAGUCUGAAGGAGUGGCAGCAUCGCCCGACAUGAACGGCGACCUGGCUUAUUCCGAAGAAGCUGGCUAUUACGGCGCCUACUUCGUCGUCACUGAUUACUCCGGAGACGCUUCGGGUCACUACGGCGACAGCAUCGAGUAUGUCGCCAACAAUGGCACACUGCUGGACAUCCCCGGUGCCAGUAGCGUGUGGGGAUGCAGCCAUAACACGGGUAUCGCUUUCGAAGCCGCAGACAAAGCCCCCUUCGCGAGUAUCUGCGCCGAAGAUCAGGGUGCUAUCUGGCUCAACACCAAAACGCAGGGUAUGGACAACACAGGUGUCAAGAUCUCCAACGAGAACACGACCAAUGGCGCGUCUGGUGAGCCCAUGGGCGGCAUGUCCGGUAGCUACAGUGCCCUCGCCCGAUUCGCGGAUUCAUCCCGAUACAUUUUCUCCUGGGUCUCGCGUGGCGCUAUCGAUCUAAGCGAAAACACCUGGAUGGGCGAUGGAUACACGCAUUCCCUGAACCGGACUAACAACCGCAACGUCGCCAUCUCGCUCUUCUCGGACAAGUACACCAAGAUCGGCCCGCAGGCAAGCUCGGAAGUCGGAGCCGAAGACGGGGAUAGCCAGGUAAACUGGAUCACCGAGGGUAACGGAAACGACCGCUCCAACGCACAUGCUGCAACAUUCGAACCCAACAACGCGCUCGUCACCUGGGAGGAGAUCUCGGAUCCGAUCUGCGACUACAUCGCCAUGGGCUGCCGGGGACAAUUCGCUGGGUCAUUUUUCCAGCAGGUCAAUUCGGAUGGUGAGAAGGUUGGCGAAGCACUUAAAGCUACCGAUGUGUAUGUCGCAGGCGACAUGGUGACUAUGAACGAUGGCCGGAUCUGCUGGCCGUAUGUGAGCAUGGAGUGGGAUUUGUCUUCGCCUGUGGAUACUUAUUUGGGAACGGGCUCGAGCACCACCAAGAAGAUGAGUUUCGCUUGUAUGAGUCUGGGAAGUAGCAACACCGCUCAGGCGACGGGUACUGCUUCGGGAACUACUUCGGCCGUUGGACAGGCUACCAGCAGCGCGACUCCGACGACUAUGAAGACCGUGUCGCGCACUGCGGAAGCGACGGGCAUGUCUUCCACUGCUGAGGCCGAGACCCCUAAGCCAUCGCCCCACGAAGGACCGAUGUUUCCGAAUUCGUGGUGGGAAUAA